UUACAACAAUAUCCGCGAGGGGGCAGGCCAACACGAGGUGGACUGAAUGGACGAAAGCGAAGAAGAAGAAGGGUAUGGAGCAGAAGAAGGCGAAGUAUUGGAGGCGGCGACGAACCCGUCGUGGUGCAGCUGUGGGAUUGAGCUGCACUCUUCAACCAUGCUGAAACUUCCGAACAAGUUCCUGGCCGCUUCAUCAUGUCUGAUGUUCUCCCGCCAUUCAGCGUUCGUCUCCAAAAUCAGGUACAUGAACAGACUGAAGCAGGACGACGAGGCGUGCGUCGCCGCUCUUCUCAACGGUCGUCUUCUCCUCUUCCAUCGAAAUGCUCCUCUGCUGCAGAGAAGCGAAGGAGGACGCUUCCGAAGCAGAACGCUGCAAUGCUCAGAUGUGCAAGCGGUCCUGCAGAAACUUGGCACUGAUGGGUCGCUUGUGAAAGAGUCGGUUCUGAUUGGCUGUGAACAGAAUCAGGCUCAGUUUUGCCUUGACGUCGGGCAGCUGGAUAGGGCCGCAGUGGAGAACUUGUGUGAAGGAACCUUUGUUGAUCUGAACAAGGCUUUUUUCCUCUUGUCGGGAGCGGAGGCACCUCUAGUGGCCAAGGUGCGUUUUUCGACUAAUUAUGCUGUUGUGCUGUUCCUCCAGUGCCUAAUAAAUGGGCUCUUUCAGGGUAAGGCUCUGCUGCGUUGGCAUCAGACCAACAAGUUCUGCGGCACCAGCGGUCAGCUGACCUGCCGCAACCAGGCAGGAAGUCAGAGAGUGUGCAGCAGCAGCGGCACAGUCUCAUAUCCCAUGAUGGCGCCAGUGGUCAUCGUACUAGUUUCUGAUGGGACACGUUGUUUGCUAGGCAGACAGUCAUCCUUCCCGCCGGGCAUGUACAGCGCCUUGGCUGGAUUCUGUGACAUGGGUGAGAACCUGGAGGAGGCGCUGUGCAGGGAGGUGGCAGAGGAGGUGGGUCUAGAGGUUCAGAACAUCUCUUACAGCUCCUCACAGCACUGGCCCCACCCACACAGCUCUUUCAUGCUGGGCUGCCACGCCUCUGUUAGCCCCGCCCACACUGAGCUGAGUGUGGACCACACGGAGCUGGAGGACGCUUGCUGGUUCACCCUGGACCAACUCACUGCUGCCCUGCAGGUAAAGGCUCCGCCCCCCAAAAGCUGCCACGGCGUCCUUUGGCUGCCACCCAAACACGCCAUCGCCCACCGCCUCAUCGUCGAGUGGGUCGAGCGACAACAGCACCGUGAGGCAGGACAGGAAGUGGCUCCAGCUUAGUUUACAAAUGACAAAAUAAGUGUACUGACUCGAGAGUCCAGGUUUGAAGUCCACUUAGUUUUUUGUUUUUUUAAUAUAACUAAAUCUGAUGUUUUAACAUUUUGACUUUUAUUCAGAAAUAAAACCUAACAUGUAUUUUUGUGUCCUGAUCUUCAAAAUAAAACACCUGAUUACAAAUAAAGUGUAUUAUUUGUAA